ACAACGGUUAAAAUAUAGUUGGAGUUGACGUGCUUGUGCAUGGAGGAUGGCCUUGCGGAAGAAGCCUUUGGUGGCCGUCGUUCAUUCUGCCUCGUCCAAGAGCACUUCAGCUGGAGAAGAUCUGGCAAUUUACUUGGGUGUUUGUCUGCAGUUGGGAGGAUACUCCGACGUGCGCAUCGUCGGCUUUGACGGCGCCAAACGAACACCCAGAAGCUCGAACAAGGCGGAUGGUGGUGCGGACGAUGUCGGUGGUGUCCCACCGCGGCAGCGGCAGCAGCGAAAACAGAGCGGAAGGUUUUUGGUGGUGCCUUACGCCGGCGACAAGCCCAAGUAUCCCAACCAUGCAGAGUGCUUUCGGGACACUUGGGAGUCGCUGUCGAAGUGCAACGUGAUCCUCAUCUGCGUGGACCCCGCGGACACCUCGGCGUGCGCCCUGGCCCUGUCGUCGGCAGUUGAGAGGGGCAGCGACAAGGCCAUCAUCAGCUUCGACCUCGGAAUCAAGAACCACAUGGCGGUCGAGGAGCACUUGGGCAACCACAACCUCGUCUUCUUGGGGGGGGCAGUAGGGAUCAGCGUAGCAAGGAGCCCCGUAGAUGGCCACCUGCGAUGCUUGGGUGGGGGUUCUCUGGUGCUAGAGCGGCUGUCCAAACAGCAGUCAAAGCGCGGAGUGAAGUUCGUCAACCUCUUGCGAAGCGGCGGGAUCCCCGUGCUGCACUGCAAGAACGUCAGAUCCUACACGCACGGUGUUGUCAUCUUCAACACCGUGCAUGCUCCCGCGGCCCUGGCAGGGGGGUCGCUGCGAGACCUUGUGCGGGAUCGACACGCCCGGCUGCUGUGGGCAGCCAUGAUCCGUGAGGGCUUGCAGGCGCUGACGCUGGCGGCGAGAGGAGGCGAUUGGAGGGCCGCGAACCCUUGCUGUGGCGUCACCCUGCCGCAGCUCGAGUUGUUCCUCUGUCUGCCGACGUUCUUGUUCAGCCUCGUGAGUGGGCUGCUUCUCCGGUUCCCGCCGAUGCUCGCACCCGCGAUGCAGGCAGACUUGGCGGACGGGCGGGAUACGAGCGUGGCGUGGACACUGGAAGAGAUCGUCCGCAUAGCGGACAAGCACAAGGGGUCUGCCCCGGCUUGUGGUGCCGUUUUGUCGGCCGUGAAAAAAUGUGUCUCAGAGGGCGACGGGGUUCCCAGCACCCGGCCGCGGGAUCUACCUUUCGUGAGUGAGUUGCUCUCAGGGGGCUCUGACAGCUCGCGAGCGUUAAAUCGAAAGCUGGCGCUGUGGUGCGGCUGUGCGGCUUUGGGGACAACGGCGCUCGGGCUGAUGGGUGGGGCCUGGCUCGCCGCGGGGGGCGUCAUGUUUGCCAUAUUUUUAACCUUCGUCAAGUUCGCUGUACUGGGUGAUGUGGUGCCAUGAUGUGGAGAGCUUCACACGUUUACGGGCGGUGCGACGGUGGGGCACUUCGGCGCGCUCGCAGGCUGUGAUGUUUUUGUUUGUUUUGUGCCGAGUUGUGUUGGGGGAUAUUUUUUUGCCGUAUCCAAACACCGAUCAGUGCACGGCUGCGAGAUACAUGCUCUUCAUUGCUUCAACGAGCAAAAGAAGUUUUGCUACAGAGAUCCAAAAUAGUAAAAUCGAAGUCCGUGGCACAAGUGGUUGGUGCUCUUCACUACUUGCUUCACGGAGCAAGAUUCGUUUCCGACAUGGGUCGUCGUGUCGAAUGUCGAGACACACGCAAAAAAAAGGCCCAGCCGAUGUUAGUGUGCUUUGUUCUCCGUAGACGUGCGUUUCUUCAAGAACCGGCAUGGUGUGUGGCGGUAACAAGAUGGUCCCUCUGUGUGUGUGGUCAAAGGAGCGCUUCAUGCGACGUCGGUAUUAGUGAAGG